AAGUCGGUCAAGAUUGUUGUGAUAGAAGGCGCAUUUGACACCAAUUUAGCCGCUUUUGUAUUGUAUUGUGCUACGUUACACACUUUUGCAUAUAUGCUUUUGAUAUCUUGAAUAUCCGUGUCUUUUGGAGGCCGAUGACUGUUGCUAUCUAUUGCCUGACAAACCCGUGGAUGGAGUUUUUAUUCCCUGUCCUUGAACUUUUGGACAUUGGCAGAUUGCUGUGUGGACACCAGCAUGAAGCCGGCACAGCUAACAAUACUGAUUGGCCAUCGAUCACAUACGCAUGACCCAAUUCGAGUAAUUCUUUAGUUUAAACAAUUGCAGUUUAUUGCACAUCUUUAAGGCGAGUUAAAGGACGAGAGUGUGUAAUGCCUUGUGGGCGGCCAGUUUAUUCUGCCGAGCAUGGAUCAAGUGUUACUGGAUGAUAGGAUCGGACAGAGGACUUUUCUAUCACAGCCUCACCUGACUCGGUGCAGCUGGCUACACUAGCAGGAUGGCUACAGAGUAUUGUCGCAGGAUGCUGCGAAUCUGCAUAGCUCAGCUGUGUCAGAAUCUAGGAUGGAAUGCUACGCAGUCGUCUCCCCUUGAAUUGCUCACUGAUGUCCUAGAGCGCUACCUUAUAGACUUAGGCAAGAUAUCUCACCGCUACUCGGAGCAGUUUGGGAGAACUGAGCCAAACCUGGAUGACUUGGCCUUGACCUUCCGCCACUAUGGUAUUCAACUUGGAGAACUUGAAGACUACAUCCGCCACGUUGAGCCAGUGGCAUUUGCACGAGAAGUGGUGUCUUUUCCUGCCCGGAAACGUAAUAACCUCGGAUUCCCUAAUCCACGAAGUCGGGAGUUACUUCAACAUCGAGAAGAGCAUGUACAUGAUCACCUCCCUUAUAUGUACCCAGGCAUGGAGGAUGAGGUUGAAGAGGAGCCCUCCCUGCCUACCCCCUGCCAGCUACCUCAGGAAUCUGUGUCCCCACUGGCAGUCAGCCCCACCCCAACAGAUAAGCGUCCCUUGUCCAACUCAGCUGAGGGACCCCCACCAAAGAGACCCAGACUGACGAAUCUGCCGGAAGAGGCUGGCCACUCCCAGUACGAGAUGAAGAUUGUCCUGAUGACCCAAGCGGGUGUGCUCACACCAACAAGGCAGGGCAAACUGCCCGAUGCUCGCACACCACCCACAUUCAGGCAAGCGCUGCAGUUCAAGGAGGACAAGGAGAAGGGACGAGAAAACAAGGACCAGCUUCCUAAACUUGCAGACAAACGAGAUGGCAAGGAUGGUGGUGCAGAUCACCUCGACAAGUCCAUCAACUGCAUGGAGAAAGUGGCACCCAAAAAGAAGAUGCUGAAGCAGUAUAAACAAAUGGCAGCGGAUGAUGCCACCUCGGGUAUGCCGCGGUCGCCCAAGGUGGGGAAACUGGCCCGGCCACCCAAACAGGUAUCCCCUCUUGUGACCAAGAACACCAAACCCAAGAACAAGAUGAAAUCCAAGGACAAGAACAUGAAGAAAAGUGACAAUAGUGUGGCACCAAGUGGGGGUGGGGGGAUUCAAGGGGAAAGUUGUCUCAAGGACUUGCUUCUCUCAUCGAAAUUAGACUUGCACAAAGGAGAGAAAGCCAGACUUAGUUCACCCAAACUUUCAUCCCCCCAAAACCAAAUCAGAUUCUAAACACAACACAAAGACAAGAAAGCCAAAGUUGUUGAUAAGCCUCUGAGGGUAGAUCCGGAAGCCCAGUUCAAACAACAGCCAGUCUCUGCAGAAGGAGCCCAGUCCCGGCCAGAAACUGCUUCCACAUCACGGCUUGUGCCCACCCUAGAGGAGGAGUUGUCCAGCAACUCCCGUGACGACUCUCCUCAGCGGCUGGUGAUUGCAGAGGGGGAUGUGCGGGUAAAGAACACUAAAGAAGCUCGGCUGGCCCGACUGGCUCUCAUUGAUGAUAGUAUUGAAAGUGUUAUUCGUGACUCACAAGCCCACAAGGACAAAACUGAUACCUUUACCUUCAGUGAGGAGGUGUCAGUGGAUAUGUCACCCAAAAUUGUUAAAGGUAAAAAGAAGGACAAAGUGAAAUCAGGUAAAGAUUCUGAUAAACAGAAAAAGAAAGAAAAGAAAGAGAAAUCAGACUCUCAGUCGAUUGACGAAAGUAUUGACUCAGUGAUACGACAGUCUUCAGAGGAAGUGGAAUUGGUGCCUAGUGUCAGUACUAGUGUUGAGGAGGUGGUGAAGCGUGUGGUGGAGGAGUUACCUCCUUUGGUUAGGGACAUACCGCCACCGGUCUUGAUACAAGAACAAAGCAACAAGAAAGUGAAAGAAAAAGCAGAAAAGAAACCCAAGAAAAAGGGUGGGAAAAAAGAUAAAUUAGGUUCUGCAAAAGAUAAACUUAAGGACAAAUUGAAAGUGAAAACAGAGAAACUAGAUUUGUUCCAGCCUGACAAAAAACCCUCAGUACUAGACAAGUUUUCUGCCAAAGAGUACAGUGUGUAUGACUUUCCAGAAAGCCCUCCAUCUUUGUUACCCCCUCAACCCAAGAAAGCCACUCCUAAAUCUGGCACCUCCCCUAAACGAGCCCAGCAUCCUCCAGCUGCAACUCCACCCACACCAGUCUCACUCCCUCCUGCUCCUCCUCCUCCUCCCCCUGCCCCACCAGUAGUACCCCCUCCCGCUCCUCCUGCACCCCGAGAGGAGCCCCAUCCGCCACCAGAUGAUGAUCAGCCGCCACUCAUGACUCUCAAGAUUGAUCUCAAACACAAGCAAAAGGACAAGGAGAAGUCCAAGGUAACCAAGGAUAAGGAUCACAAGAAGGAGAAAAAGGAAAAGAAGAAAGACAAGGAGAAGAAGAAGAAGAACAAAGAUAAAGACAAGGAGAAGUCCCGUGACAAGAGGAAGGAGGACCGCCACAAGGAGGACAAGGAGGCGUCGGGCAGUGUUCCUUCUGGAGGUCCAGUGGCCCCAAUCAAGCUGAACAUCAAGUUUGGGGGCCUGUCAGCUGCAACAAGCACCGUUGUCACAGAAACCAAGAUAACCUCUCCAAAGACAGAGACUGUCCUCGCUUCUCCCAAGACGCCUCGGCCUGAGCCGCUGUUGUCACCCAAACGGGAUAUUCCCAGACUAGUUAUCAAGCCAAUUCGCCGUGAGUCUUUGGAAGCCAAGGCCAAGCUGGGAGCAGCAUCACGAUCACCAGCUAUUAUGUCUCCAGCUAAGCCUCCAACUCCUCCCCCACAGGCACCUCCCAAAGCCCCAUCCCCACCACCACCCUUACCACCUCCUCCAAAGAUCAAAAGUCCCCCACAAUCUCCAUCACCACCCCCGAAACCCAAAACCCCGCCUCCCAAGUCUCCAACUCUCCCUCCACCCCCACCCUCUCCCUCCACCUCCCCAAGUCCACAAAUCACCCACUCCCCUUUGCCCUCACCAUCCCCUCCCCCUCGGUCUCCCACACCCGAGAAACUUCUCACACCAUCGCCAGAGCCAAAGUUACGAUCUCCUUUGAGUUCUCCUGUUUGCAAAUCUCCAACUCCAUUAUCCUGUUCCCCAUCACCUAAGUCCCCUCCAGCCCAUCAGCAGUUCCCAUUACCUCCAAGGACCCCAUCCCCAUCACAUGUUCAUUCAGUGAAAUCAUCCCCCCAACACUCCCCCUCCUCCCCCCAUCUACAGAUGGAUAUUGACUCCGAGUCGGAGAAGGAUCCAGAACCUGAGCCCAAACCCAAACCAGCUAAAUCAUCCCCCAAAGUGAAAGCAGAAACAAAACCUUCACCAAAGGGGAAGCGUGGUCGCAAGCCCAAGGAGGAGAACGCAGGGGACACAAGAGCAGCAGCAAAAUCCAGGACCAAGUCUGUCCCAUCUGUGACGUCAGAGACCGUCAGCGAAACUCCUAUCACAGGACCCAUUGUUCAGAGGACUGUGGUAGCUGAAACUGUUGGAUCAUUUAUUGAUGCUGAUGGCAACAAGGUGUGGAUCUGCCCUUCAUGUAAGAUGCAGGACGAUGGGAGCCCAAUGAUCGGCUGUGACACGUGUGAUGAUUGGUACCAUUGGACAUGCAUGAACAUCACCGAGGAACCCAAGGAGGAUGAGUGGUACUGUCCUCGCUGUCAGGAAAUCAGAGCCAGAGCUCCAAAGGGGGGGAAACCCAAGGAUGGAAAACCCAAAGGCAAAAAGAGGGGACGCAAGAAAAAAACCUAAGGCAGCUUCUAGUAACAUGGACUCAAUGUUGCUUGUUAUCAGAUAAUUAUUGUGUAUAUAUUUUAUUUGCUCAACUGUGGUCUGUACAGUAGCUUUGUAAAGCUUUGAUGAUAAAUUGUCAAAGUGCU